GUCUGGCAUGGCAGAAACACCAAUGAACGUGUCAACACCAACGCCCGACAAUGAAGACACAAACAAUGAGAACAUCCGUUGCUUAACCACUCUGGGCCAUUUUGGGUUUGAAUGUUUGCCCACGCAGCUGGUGAACAAAUCCAUCCAGAAAGGAUUCUCUUUCAAUAUUCUCUGCGUGGGAGAAACUGGAAUUGGGAAAUCAACACUGAUCAACACACUAUUCAAUACUAAUCUCAAAGAGAGCAAGUCCUCCCAUUUCUAUUCAAAGGUUGGACUUAAAGUGAAGACGUAUGAACUUCAGGAAAGGAAUAUUCCACUGAAAUUGACUGUUGUGAAAACAGUGGGGUAUGGUGAUCAGAUAAGCAAAGAAGCCAGCUACCAGCCAGUGGUUGACUACUUGGAUGCGCAGUUUGAGGCUUAUCUCCAGGAGGAGCUGAAGAUCAAACGCUCCUUGGUUGACUAUCACGACUCCCGCAUCCACGUGUGCCUCUACUUCAUCUCACCCACAGGGCACUCCCUCAAGUCCCUGGACCUGAUGACCAUGAAGAACAUCGACAGAAGGGUGAACAUCAUCCCACUGAUUGCCAAAGCCGACUCCCUUUCCAAGAGCGACCUCCAGAGGUUCAAGAGUAGCAUAAUGAGUGAGCUGGUCAGCCACGGCAUCCAGAUAUACCAGUUCCCGAUGGAGGAGGACGAAGACGCUGCUCAAGUCAACCCCUCAAUAAACGGCCUAUUACCUUUUGCGGUGGUAGGAAGCAUGGAGGAGGUGAAAGUUGGAAAAAGGAUGGUCAGAGGCCGUCACUACCCUUGGGGAGUUUUGCAAGUGGAAAAUGAGAAUCACUGUGACUUUGUGAAGCUCCGGGAUUUGCUUUUGUGUACUAGUAUGGAGGACCUGAAGGAUCAAACCCACACCCAGCAUUACGAAUGCUACAGGAGCAGCAGACUGCAGAACCUGGGCUUCAAUGACAUGGGCCCCAACAAUCAGCUAGUGAGUUUCCAGGAGAUGUAUGAAGCCAAAAGACAAGAGUUCCAGGGUCAGUGUCAGAGGGAGGAGGAAGGACUGAAGCAGACGUUCAUGCAGCGAGUCAAGGAGAAGGAGCUGACCUUCAAGGACGCUGAAAAGGAGCUGCAGGACAAGUUUGAACACCUGAAGAGAAUCCAGCAAGAGGAGACCUUGAGACUGGAAGACGAGAGAAGAAAACUAGAGGAGCAGAUCAUAGACUUUUAUAAAAUGAAGACUGCCUCUGAGACGUCACAGGCUCAGGUGUGCGCCAGCGUGAAGAAGGACAAAGAGCGUAAGAAAUGACCUGUCCUCACCGUUCCGGAGGACUCUCCCCACCAUUCUCCAUUCAUAUACCCGUGAGCUUGUCUUCUUAGCACUGAACUUCGUCUGGAAUUCUAACGUUUUCAAAAACAAUUUAGUGUGUGUCAUUCUCCACGAGAGUGUCAAAUACUCAGGAGACAGAUACUACGUGUAUCUUGUUAGGGGUUGAAACAGAGUAGCACUCAAUAGUACCCAGUAAAUAUUUUACUAACUGAAAUAGCCAAGAAGUAUAUAGAUACUAUAGACAGUUAUGAUCAGAGAGUGGACAUUCCUUUACCAUAGAUGUGCCUUUGACUCCAGUAGUGAUUUGUACAGUUUCUGUCUCCUUAGAGUUUUUACUUUGUGUGUGUUUUGUUUCUUUCAUGACAGGUUCUCACUAUAUAGCCCUAGCUGUCCUGAAAAUCUUUGUGAGAUAGGUCUGGCCUUGAGCAGCAAUCCUCCUGCUUCAGCCUCCAGAGUUCUGAGAUUAUAAACAUAAGCCACCAUGCCUAGCUCUAUUGAAUUUCUCUUGAGGAUGCAUAGGCAUAAAGUAUUGUUAUACAGGUAAUCAUUGGUUAUUCCUUUACCAAAUUCUGUUGAUAGCAAUUCUUGAUAACUUGAGUUGCAAUGAAGUACCAUGUUUUGAUUAGAACUCCUCUGUGAUUUGGUGUCAGAUUUGUAGAAGUAUAAAAUGAAAAGAUUAAAAACCUAGAUAGCAACAGGCUAUAGUGACAGGCUUCAAGAUUUUGGUUAUAUGCUAAAGUCAUCAAAGUAUACAGUAUGGGAUAUGUUUUUUUCAUUUAAAACUCCCUUCUUAUUUUUAUAGACUGAGGGCUUUUUAAAAUUUUAAAUGUUUUUUAUUAGUUACUUAUUUGAUGUUUUGGUUUUGAGCCUAGACGUUAAUAGCUGAAUUGUCUCUCAGUCCCAGUUACUGAUUUGAAUGUGGUUGACCUUCAUCUUGACUUAUUCUAUUACAAUGCAGCCUUUGAGGGACUUUGUCUUUGUGUACUUCAACCACAUUUGGAUCAAUUCUUUCUUUCUUUUUUUUUUUUUUGGUUUUAGAGACAGGGUUUCUCUGUAUUGUUUUGGAGGCUGUUGGUCCA